AUGGGGAAGAUUACCAAGACCAUGCAACAAAAGCACAGGGACACUCUGUCUCCUUGGCUGAAAGAGUUUGUCGACACAGCCUCGAGUGCACCUCUGCCUCUCAUCUUGCAACGACUCGACGAGUUCCCACGGAGGUGGAUGUUCCCGCGCGGUGACCUAUACCACUGGAUCCCACUGCUCAACCGUUUCGACAACAUUCUAGAAUCAAUAUGUGCCACAUACGAGCUAUCCAAGGGCCCCCAAACACGCGACUUUGGACGUGAUGUCCUCCUCAAUAACGGCGGACCCUCACUCGAAUACCGCGACGAGCCUUGGACCGCGGAGCGUCUGGCCGAGGCCGGAUACAAGGAGGAUGGAGAUUGCCAGCUUCUCGUCGCUAUACUCAAGUUUACCCGCAUGUUGCUCGAGCACUGCGGUAACCGAAGCAUCUACGCGAGCAGCCACCACAUUGACCGUCUUCUCAACAGCCCAUAUCUUGAAGUUCAAGCCGCCGCCCUUGAGGUUGGCUUGGAGCUGGCCCAGAGGUAUAAUGCGUCCGUCAAGCGCAUGCCCUCGCCUCCUCGUUCAGUAAACCCAACCUUGUUAGCCAACCACUACAACAUCGACCUCGAAAAGGUGCAACUGCUUGCACGGCCAUUCGUCAGGACACCCAUCGUCAAGUCCCUAGAAGCAUCCUCGGCUGCCCCGGCCAUCUCCGCUGGCUCGACUGCCAAGGCCAAGGACAAGGAAAAGGAAAAAGAAAAGGCUACUGGCCCCAAGAAUGUUGCGUCCAUGUAUGCCAACGACCUCAAGGCCCUUGCUUCGAGCCAACCCGAUGAAGAAGACUUGUGGAAGAGCUGGGGUGACCUUAAGAUGUCGUAUUAUCCCGACACAACCAAUGGCGAGCCUAGCGCGCGUGAUUCCAAGGACGCUCAACCUGUGGAGCCUCGCACCACCUCGUCACCUGCUGCCCCAACGCCGCUCCGCCGUAGCUCGACAAUGAACGUGUCUCAAUCGUCCCGUACUCAGCGUGUCGGAAGUUCGGAAGAAGGUUCGCCUCUCAAGCCGUCGGGAGCAGCUACGGAUGACCGCGAUGGGCCCAAAGUGGUGGAGAUCCCACGGUCUGUCAUCGAGUCGAAACGCAUCUAUGAUCUAUAUGAGAUGUGUCCGCCCGACAUGCCAAGCACCAUGAAAUUCGAGUUUACUAGCCGCUUGAGAACAUGCAAGGCGUUAUUAGGAACCAACAGAGAGCGUCAGCUGGCCUUGGCCGUUCGCCUGCUGGCCAUUACCAACCUUGCCUACAUCCUACCCGAGGCCGUCUUUGUUGACAAAGUUCUCAAGUACGACAAGGACGAACCGAGGAAAUUUCAGCUUGUCUACCAGCUGGCCGAACUCAUUGCCCCUUCCCCGGACGGAAACCCUAGCGAGGUCCCAAAGUGGCUCCAGAGCAUCACGCUGGCUCUGCUUGAGGCCAUCUCUCACCAACAAGAAAAGCACUCGGAUGUCCUGGCGGCUUUAAAUGUAAAUGUCAACCAUGGCAUUCUCCUCUACGUCAUCAGAAUAGCAGUGGCGGAAAUGAAAGAGGACGCCCCUGUUGAUGAUCAAGAAGAGCUGGAUGCAGACAAUUGGCGAGGCAACCUGUUCGGGUUGACCCUUCAGAUAGCCAUGGCUACGCGUAUCGGCCAGGAGAUGAUGACUGCUGGGCUCAUGGACUGUCUCGUCGAGAUUCUUAACCUUCGGACGGCAGUUGCCAGUCGCCAUUAUAGCAUGGUACUCGCUUUUCUGGACAGUCUGACGUAUGCGUAUCAAACUGCUUUCUCACAGCUAAACACUGCCGGCGGUCUGGAUGCUAUCACGAACCUCAUAGUCCACACCGUUGGGGAGUCCAAGACUCUCACGGAAGCUGGCCUUGGAACAAAACCCGAACUUCACGCUUCCCUUGUGGAUUAUAGCAUUCCAUUCUACCAUCAGCAGACGCUCAAGUGGCUCCUAAAGUUUAUUCACCAUGUCAUGGCCAAUACCUACUCCUUCGAUGGUACCAACACUGAGCGCUUAUUGAGGAACCUGGUCGACAACUCGUCUUUGCUUGGUAGCCUCUGCACGAUUGCGCGCCAGAACCGCUUCUUUGGCACGGUCGUGUGGUCAAAUGCUACAACCCUCCUGAGCGAUUUCAUUAACAACGACCCUACGAGUUUUGCAGCGAUCUCGGAGUCUGGGUGGAUUCAAGCCUUCCUGGAAUCUGUUACCAAUCGGCCGGUGUCCAUACCUGCUGAGCAACCAUCGCUGGAACCCAGCCAAUCCAGAGCAAAUGACCGCAGCGAAGGGAAUGACGCCGAUGACGACAGUGAAGAUGAUGGUAGUGCGCAUGAGGCCGCUCCCGACUCGGACGGUCAGGCCGCUACUCAACCCCAUCCACCAACUCAAGAAAUGCUCGAGGCACCUCGAGAUUUUCCUCCCGCCCACGGCAUCCUACCGUCCUCUGAAUCCAUGAAUAUCAUUCCCACGGUACUGAACUCAAUUUCACUCAAUAACCGCGGCAUGAAAAUGGUUCUCUCGUCUGGUGCCAUUCAGAGCUACAUGGAGAUAUUCGAAAGCGCUACUCAUGUUCAGUGCAUGGCGCACGAUCCUGAACUGGCUAGUACCAUCGGUAGUAGUCUUGAUGAACUCUCCCGUCAUCACCCGGCGCUACGGCCUGCCAUCGCUAAUGCUAUCAUCGACAUGAUUGCGAGGGUCACGCACCUGGUCAAGACCAUGGAUGCCACUAAAGCAUGCGGUGCAAGGCUUGAGGCACCUGAAUCGUCUGCUGGCCCGGUUGCUGAACCAGCCAAGGCUACUGAGGUAAAGGGUAAAGGCAAAGAAAAGGCCACAGACGACACGGAUGUGGAGAUGGCGGAAGCGAGCUCUUCAUCAACUGGCAACAACAAGCCCGCACAAGCUCCAUCUGUCCCUUAUAUUCAAGUCCUCUCUACGUUCCUUCAGCCGAUUAUCAGCAACUCUCAUCUUAAGGGUGCCCUCAUUUCUGCUGGUGUGAUUGAGAUUUUAUUGGACCUCGCCGAAUCUCCCAGCCUUCCCUACGAUUUUGGCGAGACUCCAGCCUGCCGCAUGCUGGUCGCGGCCAUCUCGCAGCUCAUUGAGUCCGCUCAGAUUGUCGGGCUACCUUCUUUACUAUUCAGGAUGGAGAACACUGUCAAGGUUCUCAAGCCGCGGAUUAAUCCCACAACUACGGAGCCUUUCUUUGCACCUUUCCUCACUUCGAAUUCAUCUGUGCCUCCCGUACAAGAUGAGGAAUCAGCGAGCGAGAAGCGCAUCCCGGAUGUUUCGAGCGGAACAGAGACGGUGAAGGCUUUGCUCAACAUACAGACCAUGAUUAAGAUUCUGUAUCAUUGUUUCCCGUUCUCCAACCGAAGCCAGAUGGUCAGCAUGCCAGCCGUCAACGUUUAUGACUAUUACAUCCGUUUGAUCCAAAGUCUUGGACCAUUGUUGCGCGGCGUGUUGAAGGAAGAGGCAGCUGUCAAUGGUGCCGUUCCACACCAUUGGACACUAAAGAACAAGCCGUACCAAACCAGUUCUUUGGGCUCUCGCACCGAUGUGCAGGACCUACUGACAGACUCAGCCACUCAAGAUUCUUCGGCUAGCGGUAAGAAGUUAACGCCUGAAGAGCAGUCGACUGCUGAAUACAAGAACUUCCAGACCCUACGGGUUCUUCUUCAUUCCUUUAUGCCUUCUAUCUUCCCAUUCUUCCAGACUAUCGGCAAGGCGCUGUUGCCUAGACGCAACAACAACGACCCGUACAUCCGUUCACGUCACCUGGCAAUUGCAGAGGCGUCGGCAGAGACCUUGAUUCAGCAACUGCAGCAGUCAAAAGCAGAGUUGACGGUCAGAGACAUCCACAACUGGAUCAUCAUGAUCCACACGUUCGGUGAAAUGGUUGUUGAUACGAAUCACCGUACUGCCAGCGGAGGGGCUUUCCUUAUCCUCCCCGUGAUCACCGCCUUUAAGGAGCUUGGGGGUUUCGAGGCACUGAACGUUAUGCUCAAACGGUUGGCCGACAUGGUGUCGACCGGGGCCACCGAGGGUCAGGAAGCCACCAAGGCGAAGCUGUCAAUGAUUGGCAUGAAGAAGGUCCUCGACAUCUACUGCUUCAUCAUUAGUGGCAAGAACCUCUCGGAUUCCAUGGCCCAGAUUGCCUUGGCACCCAAGCCCACGGAACGAACCACCCGGGAGUUUUCGCACCAACUUGUUGUUGAGUUGCGAAUGUCGAUAUUACCGGUUGUUCGAGAAAUUUGGGCUUCCAACAUCAUUGAAAAGUCAACAAGCACGGUGGUGAGCAAGAUUAUUGACAUCAUCAAGACUAUCGCAGCCGGCGAUCUGGAGUCAAAUGCGCAGUCGAGAUCCGACAAGGAAUCGUUACCCCAUCUUUUCAAGAACCGCGAGUCCGUUCCCUUCAAAUGGAUCUCACGCAAGGAUGCAGAAGCACUCGCAACCGAGCAGGGCGUAGACGUCGAUCUAGCGUUGGAGGCACUUUAUCGUGCUAAUGGUAAAGAGAGUGACACCAAGGAGUACAUCAAAUACCAGAAGGCACACCUAGUUCGUAACCGCAACCCUGUGCCGGCUGAGGACGCUUUCAAGGAAGUGCCAUCUCCCAACCUUUCGUCAUCGGCAGGGAUGUCUCUCAGUAACUUGUUGAACACUCCUACUUUCCCGGUGAGCGACCUGCUGGGUGCAGAGCCUAUGGCUUUGGAUCCGGUGCCCAACCAGCCGCUCGGAGAAGCUAGUGGUGAAACAGCCCUCGGACACGCCACAGAGUCGUCAGAAGACGGCUCUGAUGAAAGCCAGCCUGGCACGAGCCGUGAAACCAACGUUGGGGCCUCUACGACGGCACCACAACAACUGCCUGUACUUCCGUCACAGCAACCAGCCACCGAAUCGCAAUCUAACACUCCACGUAUUACCAGGGAAGAUCUGGCCGAGGAGAGGGCAAAACUCUACGAUACCCUGAUUGAUCGCUCUCUUGAAGUCAUAAGCUCUCAUCCUGAGGCCGUGUUUGAGGUUGCGGAUCUCAUCCAGAACACCAUUCUGAAGACCGACAAUGAAGACAGGAGAGUGGAAGUGGGCGAGAUCUUGGCCAAUGCGCUCAUGUCAUUUGCCUCUGACGACGCGGAUGAGUUGAAGGAGAAUGGCAGUAGCAUUGCUGCUUACGCCCACCUUUUGGCGCUUCUUCUCCAACAGACUGCUUUCAUGCGGACUACCGUGGACAUGUUGAGAGAUUACGUGGGUGAUUACCUUGGCUUCCUAAAGCUGCCGCCGGCAAGCUCCAACGACAACCUUCCUCCAUGGAUUCCCUAUAUUCUCCUCAUCUUCGAGAUCAUGCUUUUCAAAGACGCGCAGCCCCCUGAUAUCAAAUGGAAACAGCCCGUGAAGGAGGAUGAUCCAGUUGAGGAGCCGGUCAUCGAGGUGAAAGAGCCCAACUUCUCGGCCGAGCACCGCUCGUCUCUCUUGACUACUCUGUUGGACUUCCUCCCUCGCAUUGGCAAGGAAGAGUCAUUGGCCGUUUCGGUGUUGAGGAUCCUCGUUGUGCUGACCAGAGAUCACGCGGUAGCCAAGAUUGUUGGGGAGAAGAAGAACCUGCAACGGCUGUUUGUUAUGGCAAAGCAGUUGUGCGGUGCCGGUUCUACGCGUCUCAAGCAGACCCAUAUCUCAGAACACAUCCGCCAGAUCCUUCGACACAUCAUUGAAGACGAAGAGACCCUUCGGCAGAUUUUUGAGACGGAUAUUAGGCACCUCAUGACUUCGAGGCAGAGGCCCAGCACAGCCCCGGGCCUUGAACCACAGGCAUACCUGCGCACUCAAGCGCAUUUGGCUCUGCGGUCGCCCAAGACCUUCGUCGAGGUUAGCACGGAGCUGCUCAAGCUUAACCGGGCCGUUUCGCACUUGGGAGACGGAACGCUGCGCUCCACGCCAUUUUUGGUUCUCAAGGAGCGCCCUGCAGAUGCUAGUGUCUCGCCGAAAGAGAGCUCAGUCGAACCUGCAGUGCAAGCGACAGAGGAUCUCACUAUCAGUGACGUCAAGCCCUCAACCGAGGUGACGGACAAGGAGAUGCCCGAUGCCCCCAAGAACUCCGCUCAAGACCUCAAGCGCCCGAUUCUCGAACAUCCCGACGGUGUUGUUCACUUCUUGUUGACCGAGCUGCUCAACUAUAAAGAUGUUGACGAGAGGGAGAACGUUCCUGCGCCUCCCGCAGCCGCCUCCAAGCCAGAAUCUGAUGCCACUCCUGCGAAUGAGGCUACUCCUUCUCCUUCCGGCGACGAGCAGAAUUCGGAGUCGAAGGAGAAAGAGAAGAAGCUGGCAAAGUCCCCGUUCAAGGCCGAGGAUCACCCUAUUUUCAUCUAUCGUUGCUUCUUGCUUGACUGUCUUGCCGAGCUGUUGCAGAGCUACAAUCGUGCCAAGGUUGAGUUUAUCAACUUUAAGCGCUCCGCUCCCGUUCAGGCGAACGCUCCGGUCAAGCCUCGAUCCAGUGUGCUAAACUACAUUCUCAACGAUCUUCUUUGCUUCAGCCCCGCAAGCGGAGUACCCGAGUCGAUAGCCAUGAAAAAGAAGGCGGCAACGGCAGUGCCAGCGCGCGCUGUUCUGGUUGCCCUUGUUUCCAAGACCGGCGAGAAGCCUCAGAACCGUACCCAUGAGCCAUUUGAGUAUGACGAUGAGCCGGACUUGCUCUUUAUCCGCCGAUUCGUCCUGGAUACCAUACUUCGGGCUUACAAGGAUGCUUCUGUCUCCGGCGAGCCGGCUGAUAUUCGGUACGGAAAGAUGAACGCUCUUGCAGAGCUGAUGGCCCAAAUGAUUGGCGAAGGAGACAAGGAUUCGCGCCCCAACAACCCGCGCGGUACAGAUCCGUCAAUUGGACGGUCCCAAGCUCAGCUGAAGCGACUCAUGUAUGAGAAGGGUUACCUCACGUCCCUAACGGCGUCCAUUGCCGACAUUGACCUCACAUUCCCGCACAACAGGGCUCCGCUCAAGCCCAUCCUUGCGGUCAUCAAAACACUCUCAAAGACUGCAGUCUCGAUGAGUCAAUUGGGGCUCAUCCCUGCUUCGGGUACAGCUGGUACCGACCAAGCCGAGGACGAAUUCCUGUCCGAUGGGUCGUCCGUCUCGGAAGAUCUCACCGAUGAUCGCGAGGAGACGCCCGAUCUUUAUCGCAACUCCACAUUGGGCAUGCUUGAACCCGGACGUGAUGAUGAGUUCUCCGACGAAGAUGAGGAUGACGAUGAAGACAUGUACGACGAUGAACAGUAUGACGACGAGCUUGACUAUGGCGACGACAUGUCACAAGACAACGAAGAUAACCCUAGUGACGAAGAAGACGACCUCGGCGAGAUGGGCGAAAUGGGAGGAAUGCCCGGUCAACCUGGCGUUGUCGAGGUCCUUAUGGGUGAGAACGACGACGAAGAGGACAACGAUGACAUGGAUGACAUGGAUGAGGAUGAUGAGAUGGACGAAGAUGACGAGCAGGAACUAAGUGAUGAGGAUGAGGACGAGGAAGUCGGCUCCGAAGACAUGGAUGACUUGGAGGACGAUAUCCACAUUGUCGAUGAAGAAGGCAAUGCUAUUGAUGACGACGGUGCGUCGUGGGAUGAUGGCACCGACGAGGAUGAAGAGGAUGAGGAAGAGCUUGACUACGAAGCUGAGGCUCAGAAUAUGCAGGAGGCUCAACUUCACAACCGUCGGACCUUCCCUGAGAUCAUGCGAGCUGCCAUGGAAAACGCUGGCGAUGAUCUGGAUGCUGAGCCAAUUCGCGACUUUGACGGGCACUACAUCGACGAUGAUGAAGAUGGCGAAGAAGACGAUGAUGAAGAUGAAGGGGAAGACGACAUGGAUGAUGACAUGUACUUCGACGGCGAUGGUCUUCACGAUGACUUGCUUGCGCCCAACAUGCCAUCAGGGCUUGGCUGGGACAUUGCCAUCGAACCCAACCAUCGACAUCGGCCGUCCCGGAGCCCUUGGCCCAACAGUCCUUUCGUGGUCGGAAGACACCGUGACGCGAUUGACUUCCAAAACUUCUUCCGCCGCCCUGCCCAUCUCAGCAGACAUCUGCCCCCUCCGGCCGACGUCAUGUCUGGAACAAAUCCCCUGUUGCUUCCUCAGUCUCGUCGUGAGGUUCCUCGUCAUGCACACAGCCAGCUGGUUCGUCUGGGGAUCACUCCGAAUAUGAUUGGAGGCCUAGGAAUGGGUAUGGGGGUGGAGCCGUUGGCCUUCAUCAGUGAUCUCGUCCAACAUCUACCCGACGUACGUCUCAGCGCUGGAGGAGGACCCUUGGCCUUGCAUUUCACAGCAGACGGACCAGGCGGGAUUAUCCGCGAACUCAACGCCAUCCCAAUUCCUCCCCCGCACUCCCGCGAGUCACGCCCUACUGAAGCUCGGCGCGAUACCUAUCAGGAACCUCAUCAAGCCGUCCAAUUCUCACCGGAAUCUACACAUGAGAGGUGGCAACAAGAAGUCAAAAUGAUCUUUGGCUUCGGCUACCAGGACAAAGCUCAGAAGCUCGCACCUCUCAUUGUUUCCAAGCUCACGCCGGCAGCAAUCCAGGCUGAGAAGGAGGAGAAAGCUCGUAAAGCGGAGGCAGAUCGCAAAGCAGAGGAAGAGAGGAAGAAGCGACAGGAAGAGGAGCGCAAGAAGAGAGAGGCCAAAGAAGCGGAAGAGAAGGCUGCGCGUGAGAAGAAGGAAGCAGAGGAGCGUGAGCGCCUUGAGCGCGAACGAGCCGAAGCUGCCGCACAGGCCGCUGCCCAAGCCGCCGCAGAUCAAGAGGCAAAUGCUGUGUCUCAAGAGGCGCACCCUAUGGAGGGCGUUGAGACCCAAGGCGCGGGCGAAAAUGCCGAGCAGCAGGCCGAAGAUGAACGUCCUCGUGUCUACUACACUCUCCGUAACCAGCAGAUCGAUAUUACUGAGCUGGGCAUCGACGCCGAGUAUCUUGAAGCCCUUCCUGAAGAGUUCAGGGACGAGGUGAUCGCUCAGGCGAUCAGCACCCGGAGAUCCCAGGCGCGAGAGCAGGUUUCUCAAGAGGGCGAAAACACUGAGGUCUUCCAAGAGUUCCUUGAAGCACUCCCGGAGGAGCUUCGUAACGAGAUCCUCCACCAGGAGCAGCACGAACAGCGGCGUCGGGAACGGCAAAACGCAGCAGGCGGCCAAGACCUUGGUCCAGCUGACAUGGAUCCUGCAAGCAUCCUGUUGACUUUCCCCCCUGGACUUCGACAGCAGGUCCUACUCGACCAGGGCGAAGAUAUCAUGGAGCACCUUGGCCCAGAGUUGGCCGCAGAAGCCCGCACUCUUGUGGCGCGUCAUCGCCAACUCCACGCCCAACAAGGUGGCCAAGCUGCCUCUCGCUCCAGAGAUGCUCAGCGCCCUACCGAAGCAGGUGCUGGAGCUGUCCAAAAGAUCCAGAAGCGCACUGUGGUCCAGAUGUUGGACAAGCAGGGAAUUGCGACUCUUCUUCGCCUUAUGUUCGUGUCCCAGCAAGGCGCAAUCCGCUCCAGUCUCUUCAGCAUCUUCGCCAACCUGUGUGAAAACCGCCAGAACCGGCUCGAUGUCAUAUCCUCUUUGCUACAAAUUCUACAAGAUGGAUGCGCGAACAUGGAUGCCGUUGAGCGUAGCUUUGCCCAGAUUUCCCACAAGGCCAAACAACUAAAGGAGAAGGACGCUAAGACGCCUCACCCCUUGAAGCGAAGUCUCACAGGCGGCACUAACAACAACGGUCAAUUUCCUGCUAGCUCGGAGGUGUCGCCGCUGUUGAUUGUUCAGCAAUGCCUUGACCUUCUGGUAGAGCUUUCCAAGCUCAACCCGCAUAUACCAUCUGUGUUCUUGACUGAGCAUGAGACGGUGGCAUCCACCCUCAAGCGAAGCCUGAGCCGCAAGGGUAAGGGCAAGGAUGUCAAUGGCAAGGCUCAGAAGUUCGCCAUCAACUCCCUGUUGACUCUUCUGGAUCGCAGUCUCGUUAUGGAGAGCUCCGCAGUCAUGCAGGUGCUAGCCGAUCUCCUUAACAAAGUCACCAUCCCACUCCAAGCCAUCGAGCGGAGGCGGAAGGAGGCUGAAGAGCAAGCGAAAAAGAAGAAGGAAGCCGAAGAAAAGGCUGCGGCUGAACGUGAAGCGGCCAACGCCCCCGAAGAGCAAGCCUCGACCUCGACUGAGCAAACCUCCGCCCAGCAGGAGGCGACCCAACAGCCUUCUGAGUCUACUCCAGCAGCUGCUUCUGGUCAACAGCCAGCGCAGCAAGACCAAGAGAACAAGGAGCUAGAAGCACCCAAGGAAAAGGCUGAUGAGAAGGAUGUUCAGUCCGAUGAGAAGAAGAUCCGUCAGCUCACGCCGCCGACAAUCCCUGAGCACAAUCUCAAGCUUGUGAUCAAUAUCUUCGUGGCGCGUGAAUGCAGCUCCAAGACAUUCCAGAACACCAUCUCCACGAUCAAGAAUCUUUCCAACAUCCCUGGCGCGAAGAAGGUAUUUGGAGAUGAGCUGGUCCGCCAAGCUAGGGUCUUGAGCGAGAACAUUCUCUCAGAUCUUGACAACUUGCUUCCUCACAUCCUGAAGGCUGAGUCCGGCACCCAAAUCCAGGGCGUUGCUCUUGCCAAGUUUUCGCCAGGCGCCUCGGAGCAGAACAAGCUCCUACGUGUUCUGACAGCACUCGAUCACUUGUUUGAUAGCAAGAGCAAGAAGCAGGAUAAGCCUGCCGAAGGAGAGAACACUAAGGAGGACCUCCUAGGUUCUCUCUACUGGAACCCGACAUUCGGCAAAAUGUGGGAUAAGCUAAGCGCUUGCUUGAGCGCAAUAAGGCAGCGCGACAACAUGCUCAACGUGGCCACAAUUCUCUUGCCGCUCAUCGAGUCGUUGAUGGUGGUUUGCAAGAAUACGACACUCUCAGAUGCUUCGGCGGUGUCGAACGCAAACUCGCAGAAGGAGAUGCUUCUCACCAGCCCGCCUCCAGAGGACCGCAUUGCCGGCCUGUUCUUUACCUUCACCGAGGAGCACCGCCGUAUCCUCAACGAGUUGGUACGACACAAUCCCAAGCUCAUGUCGGGCACCUUCUCGCUGCUGGUCAAGAAUCCGAAGGUCCUGGAAUUCGACAACAAGCGCAACUACUUCAACCGUAGCGUGCAUUCCAAGUAUCAACAGACAAGGCACUCUUUCCCUCCAUUGCAACUCCAAGUGCGCCGUGAGCACGUCUUCCAUGAUUCGUUCCGGUCUUUGUACUAUAAGAAGGCCGAUGAGUUGAAGUUUGGAAAGCUCAAUAUCCGUUUCCAGGGAGAGGAAGGCGUCGAUGCUGGUGGUGUCACGCGCGAAUGGUUCCAGGUGCUCUCCAGGCAAAUGUUCGACCCCAACUACGUCCUUUUCGUUCCGGUGUCUUCGGACCGCACAACCUUCCACCCCAACAAGUUGAGUCCGAUCAACGACGAGCAUCUUCCUUUCUUCAAGUUCAUUGGCAGAAUCAUUGGCAAGGCCCUGUACGAGGGUCGUCUGCUUGAAUGCUACUUCAGCCGUGCGGUCUACAAGCGCAUCCUCGGCAAGCCCGUCUCGGUCAAGGACAUGGAGUCGUUUGAUCCAGACUACUACAAAUCACUUGUCUGGAUGCUCGAGAACGAUAUCACCGACAUCAUCACCGAGACCUUCUCGGUCGAGGACGACGUGUUUGGCGAAGUCAAGGUUGUCGAUCUGAUUGAGAACGGCCGCAACAUCCCUGUCACGGAGGAGAACAAGCAUGAGUAUGUCCGUCUGAUCGUCGAGCACAAGCUCAUCACCUCGGUCAAGGAUCAAAUGAAGGCAUUCCUUACUGGCUUCCACGAGAUCAUCCCUGAAGAGCUUAUCGCCAUCUUCAACGAACAAGAGCUCGAACUUCUCAUUUCUGGUCUGCCUGAUAUCGACAUCGACGACUGGAAGGCGAACACCGAGUACCACAACUACUCUGCCGGCGCCCCUCAGAUCCAGUGGUUCUGGCGCGCUGUCCGGUCCUUCGACAAGGAGGAACUCGCCAAGCUUCUUCAAUUCGUCACGGGCACAUCCAAGGUGCCUCUGAACGGCUUCAAGGAAUUGGAGGGCAUGAAUGGUGUCAGCCGAUUCAACAUUCAUCGUGACUAUGGCAGCAAGGAUCGUCUUCCUAGCUCUCAUACAUGCUUCAACCAACUUGAUCUUCCCGAAUACGAAAACUACGAGACUCUAAGGAGCCAGCUGCUCAAGGCUAUUACCGCGGGUAGCGAUUACUUUGGCUUUGCGUAA